AUGAGAAGCCACACUGGCGAAAAACCAUAUCCGUGCGAACAUUGCUCAAAGACUUUUACUUUCCUUUCACAACUAAAGGCACAUGCAAGAGUCCACACUGGCGAAAAACCAUAUUCUUGCGAACUUUGUUCAAAGACAUUUUCUUACUCUUCAUGCUUAAUGCGACACAAGGUCAUUCAUACCGGCGAGAAACCCCAUGUGUGCGAACAUUGCUCUAAGGCAUUCGCUCUCUCUUCAACCUUAAUCUCACAAAUGAGAAGCCACACUGGCGAAAAACCAUAUCCGUGCGAACAUUGCUCAAAGACUUUUACUUUCCUUUCACAACUAAAGGCACAUGCAAGAGUCCACACUGGCGAAAAACCAUAUUCUUGCGAACUUUGUUCAAAGACAUUUUCUUACUCUUCAUGCUUAAUGCGACACAAGGUCAUUCAUACCGGCGAGAAACCCCAUGUGUGCGAACAUUGCUCUAAGGCAUUCGCUCUCUCUUCAACCUUAAUCUCACAAAUGAGAAGCCACACUGGCGAAAAACCAUAUCCGUGCGAACAUUGCUCAAAGACUUUUACUUUCCUUUCACAACUAAAGGCACAUGCAAGAGUCCACACUGGCGAAAAACCAUAUUCUUGCGAACUUUGUUCAAAGACAUUUUCUUACUCUUCAUGCUUAAUGCGACACAAGGUCAUUCAUACCGGCGAGAAACCCCAUGUGUGCGAACAUUGCUCUAAGGCAUUCGCUCUCUCUUCAACCUUAAUCUCACAAAUGAGAAGCCACACUGGCGAAAAACCAUAUCCGUGCGAACAUUGCUCAAAGACUUUUACUUUCCUUUCCCAACUAAAGGCACAUGCAAGAGUCCACACUGGCGAAAAACCAUAUUCUUGCGAACUUUGUUCAAAGACAUUUUCUUACUCUUCAUGCUUAAUGCGACACAAGGUCAUUCAUACCGGCGAGAAACCCCAUGUGUGCGAACAUUGCUCUAAGGCAUUCGCUCUCUCUUCAACCUUAAUCUCACAAAUGAGAAGCCACACUGGCGAAAAACCAUAUCCGUGCGAACAUUGCUCAAAGACUUUUACUUUCCUUUCACAACUAAAGGCACAUGCAAGAGUCCACACUGGCGAAAAACCAUAUUCUUGCGAACUUUGUUCAAAGACAUUUUCUUACUCUUCAUGCUUAAUGCGACACAAGGCACAUGCAAGAGUCCACACUGGCGAAAAACCAUAUUCUUGCGAACUUUGUUCAAAGACAUUUUCUUACUCUUCAUGCUUAAUGCGACACAAGGUCAUUCAUACCGGCGAGAAACCCCAUGUGUGCGAACAUUGCUCUAAGGCAUUCGCUCUCUCUUCAACCUUAAUCUCACAAAUGAGAAGCCACACUGGCGAAAAACCAUAUCCGUGCGAACAUUGCUCAAAGACUUUUACUUUCCUUUCACAACUAAAGGCACAUGCAAGAGUCCACACUGGCGAAAAACCAUAUUCUUGCGAACUUUGUUCAAAGACAUUUUCUUACUCUUCAUGCUUAAUGCGACACAAGGUCAUUCAUACCGGCGAGAAACCCCAUGUGUGCGAACAUUGCUCUAAGGCAUUCGCUCUCUCUUCAACCUUAAUCUCACAAAUGAGAAGCCACACUGGCGAAAAACCAUAUCCGUGCGAACAUUGCUCAAAGACUUUUACUUUCCUUUCACAACUAAAGGCACAUGCAAGAGUCCACACUGGCGAAAAACCAUGUUCUUGCGAACUUUGUUCAAAGACAUUUUCUUACUCUUCAUGCUUAAUGCGACACAAGGUCAUUCAUACCGGCGAGAAACCCCAUGCACAUGCAAGAGUCCACACUGGCGAAAAACCAUAUUCUUGCGAACUUUGUUCAAAGACAUUUUCUUACUCUUCAUGCUUAAUGCGACACAAGGUCAUUCAUACCGGCGAGAAACCCCAUGUGUGCGAACAUUGCUCUAAGGCAUUCGCUCUCUCUUCAACCUUAAUCUCACAAAUGAGAAGCCACACUGGCGAAAAACCAUAUCCGUGCGAACAUUGCUCAAAGACUUUUACUUUCCUUUCACAACUAAAGGCACAUGCAAGAGUCCACACUGGCGAAAAACCAUAUUCUUGCGAACUUUGUUCAAAGACAUUUUCUUACUCUUCAUGCUUAAUGCGACACAAGGUCAUUCAUACCGGCGAGAAACCCCAUGUGUGCGAACAUUGCUCUAAGGCAUUCGCUCUCUCUUCAACCUUAAUCUCACAAAUGAGAAGCCACACUGGCGAAAAACCAUAUCCGUGCGAACAUUGCUCAAAGACUUUUACUUUCCUUUCACAACUAAAGGCACAUGCAAGAGUCCACACUGGCGAAAAACCAUAUUCUUGCGAACUUUGUUCAAAGACAUUUUCUUACUCUUCAUGCUUAAUGCGACACAAGGUCAUUCAUACCGGCGAGAAACCCCAUGUGUGCGAACAUUGCUCUAAGGCAUUCGCUCUCUCUUCAACCUUAAUCUCACAAAUGAGAAGCCACACUGGCGAAAAACCAUAUCCGUGCGAACAUUGCUCAAAGACUUUUACUUUCCUUUCACAACUAAAGGCACAUGCAAGAGUCCACACUGGCGAAAAACCAUAUUCUUGCGAACUUUGUUCAAAGACAUUUUCUUACUCUUCAUGCUUAAUGCGACACAAGGUCAUUCAUACCGGCGAGAAACCCCAUGUGUGCGAACAUUGCUCUAAGGCACAUGCAAGAGUCCACACUGGCGAAAAACCAUAUUCUUGCGAACUUUGUUCAAAGACAUUUUCUUACUCUUCAUGCUUAAUGCGCCACAAGGUCAUUCAUACCGGCGAGAAACCCCAUGUGUGCGAACAUUGCUCUAAGGCAUUCGCUCUCUCUUCAACCUUAAUCUCACAAAUGAGAAGCCACACUGGCGAAAAACCAUAUCCGUGCGAACAUUGCUCAAAGACUUUUACUUUCCUUUCACAACUAAAGGUACAUGCAAGAGUCCACACUGGCGAAAGACCAUAUUCUUGCGAACUUUGUUCAAAGACAUUUUCUGACUAUACUUGCUUAAAGCGACACAAGGUCAUUCAUACCGGCGAGAAACCCCAUGUGUGCGAACAUUGCUCUAAGGCAUUCGCUCUCUCUUCAACUUUAACUUCACACAUGAGAAGCCACACUGGCGAAAAACCAUAUCCGUGCGAACAUUGCUCAAAGACUUUUACUUUCCUUUCACAACUAAAGGCACAUGCAAGAGUCCACACUGGCGAAAAACCAUAUUCUUGCGAACUUUGUUCAAAGACAUUUUCUUACUCUUCAUGCUUAAUGCGACACAAGGUCAUUCAUACCGGCGAGAAACCCCAUGUGUGCGAACAUUGCUCUAAGGCAUUCGCUCUCUCUUCAACCUUAAUCUCACAAAUGAGAAGCCACACUGGCGAAAAACCAUAUCCGUGCGAACAUUGCUCAAAGACUUUUACUUUCCUUUCACAACUAAAGGCACAUGCAAGAGUCCACACUGGCGAAAAACCAUAUUCUUGCGAACUUUGUUCAAAGACAUUUUCUUACUCUUCAUGCUUAAUGCGACACAAGGUCAUUCAUACCGGCGAGAAACCCCAUGUGUGCGAACAUUGCUCUAAGGCAUUCGCUCUCUCUUCAACCUUAAUCUCACAAAUGAGAAGCCACACUGGCGAAAAACCAUAUCCGUGCGAACAUUGCUCAAAGACUUUUACUUUCCUUUCACAACUAAAGGCACAUGCAAGAGUCAUUCAUACCGGCGAGAAACCCCAUGUGUGCGAACAUUGCUCUAAGGCAUUCGCUCUCUCUUCAACCUUAAUCUCACAAAUGAGAAGCCACACUGGCGAAAAACCAUAUCCGUGCGAACAUUGCUCAAAGACUUUUACUUUCCUUUCACAACUAAAGGCACAUGCAAGAGUCCACACUGGCGAAAAACCAUAUUCUUGCGAACUUUGUUCAAAGACAUUUUCUUACUCUUCAUGCUUAAUGCGCCACAAGGUCAUUCAUACCGGCGAGAAACCCCAUGUGUGCGAACAUUGCUCUAAGGCAUUCGCUCUCUCUUCAACCUUAAUCUCACAAAUGAGAAGCCACACUGGCGAAAAACCAUAUCCGUGCGAACAUUGCUCAAAGACUUUUACUUUCCUUUCACAACUAAAGGCACAUGCAAGAGUCCACACUGGCGAAAAACCAUAUUCUUGCGAACUUUGUUCAAAGACAUUUUCUUACUCUUCAUGCUUAAUGCGACACAAGGUCAUUCAUACCGGCGAGAAACCCCAUGUGUGCGAACAUUGCUCUAAGGCAUUCGCUCUCUCUUCAACUUUAAUCUCACACAUGAGAAGCCACACUGGCGAAAAACCAUAUCCGUGCGAACAUUGCUCAAAGACUUUUACUUUCCUUUCACAACUAAAGAUGCUAGUAAUUUAG